GACGUCCUUCAACUCUCUCUCACUUUUGCUCCUUUCAUCGAUCUCGGUGGGGGAAUCUUUCAAGCUCAGAGAGAAACGAAGCAGGAAAGCUAACGCACUAAACCCUGAUCUCGGUGAUCGGCCAUGGCUUCUUCUAAAGAGCGUGUGAACUUCGUUUACAUCGCUAAGCUCGCAGAACAGGCCGAGCGCUACGAUGAAAUGGUGGAUUCAAUGAAGAAAGUCGCGAAGCUCGAUGUGGAAUUGACUGUUGAGGAGAGGAAUCUACUCUCUGUUGGCUACAAGAACGUUAUUGGUGCCCGUAGGGCUUCAUGGAGGAUCCUGUCAUCUAUCGAGCAGAAGGAGGAGGCCAAGGGAAACGAUGUGAACGCGAAACGGAUCAAGGAGUACCGACAGAAGGUCGAAUCAGAGCUCUCCGGCAUUUGUAACGAUAUCAUGACUGUGAUCGAUGAGCAUCUGAUUCCUUCGUCUUCUGCUGGAGAAUCCACCGUUUUCUACUAUAAAAUGAAAGGGGAUUAUUAUCGUUAUCUUGCAGAAUUUAAGGCUGGUAACGAGAGGAAAGAGGCUGCUGAUCAGUCACUCAAAGCAUAUCAGAUGGCCUUCAGUACAGCAGAAUCUGAUUUGUCUCCUACCCAUCCAAUCCGUUUGGGUUUGGCAUUGAAUUUCUCUGUCUUCUAUUAUGAGAUAAUGAAUUCACCUGAAAGGGCCUGCCACCUUGCCAAGCAAGCUUUCGAUGAAGCAAUAUCAGAGCUGGAUUCUCUGAGUGAGGAAUCUUACAAAGAUAGCACUUUAAUUAUGCAGCUUCUGAGGGACAACCUAACCUUGUGGACUUCUGACAUUCCAGAGGAUGGAGGGACAAAAAGCAGAAAGGGAUAGUUCCUAGCGACUUAGUAGUAUCUCCUCGACUGUCCAAUCUUCUCCCAGAUCUAUGCCAUUCAUGCUUUCUCCUAUUCACUCUAAUUGCCACAAUCAACGUCUCCUCCUCCAUUCCAAACAAUCCAUUUCAUUGAAAUUUCCUUAUUGUGCCUUUUCUCUAUGAACAUGACAGUCAUAAGUCUCCCUCUGAUAUUGUGGCUAUAUAUCUUGCUAAUAAGAUUUGUGAUGAUAAAAGCAGAGAAUAUUAUGAGAAGGUUCUUAUAGUUGCCAAAUCAGUGGCAAUCACUCAUAAUUAUCAUAGCAAUUCAGUUAUAACAUUCUCAAA